AUGUCCAGCACAAGCACCACCUCCUCCCGCCAUUCCGGCGAUGAAUCCGCCGUUCAGGCGAUGGCCCCAACUCCAAACACCGCUGCCGUCCCGGUGUUUGGGGUUGGGGAACGGUCGACGUGUAAGUCCAGGGGACUUUGGGGUUUUUCGGGGUUUUGGGGAUUCUGAGCGGAGAUUUCAAAGUUGGGAACUUCUCAACAAAAUCCCAGGAAAUCCGUCAUCAUAGGUGAAUUGAAAUUUCCAGUCAUCUGGCAAUUCCUUUUGACAUCUUUCUUCUUCUUUAUGACACCAUUUUUGGUCUAAAAAUCCUAAAAUAAUGAUAUUGUAGUAGAUGAUGACAAUGGAUUUUUUUGGUAUUUUGAUGACGAAAUUCCAGCUUUGAAACCCGCAAAAUGCUUUUAAGUCUAUUUGAGAUGAUUUACUUUGAGCUUAGGGGCAGUUAUAUGCAAAAAUAUUAAAACAUCUCUCGGUCCUGAUAUCUGAUGUCUAGUACAACAUAAUUUUGGAGUUAAAUACUCAAAAAAAAAGGGCUCAAACCAGUUGGCUUUGAGCUCUAAUUGCCUCAAUGUAUUUGAUUUGAAACUCAACACUUCUUUAUAUUGGAUUUCACCAGUAAAAUAAUGAAGUUUGAUAUGAAUUUUAAAAAAAAAAUCGGAUCCAUUUUUGGCUGGUGGGUUUCUACCAUAAAUCCCGCCAAAAGGGACUAAACUAGGCCUAAUGGCCCCGAAAACACCCCAAAAGGCCUGGGAGUGUAAUAUUCUAGGCGAAUAUGACACUAAAAAGCUUUCUAAAGAAAGUAAUUUCAUGGCUGGUGAGGAGUACUGUAAAGCCCGCCGGAAAUCGCCUUGUUAUUGUGGAAUACAGCCGAAAUUGGCCUUGAUACAUUUGUUGCAACGCGAUGUAUCGAUUCCCGCUCAAUUCGAACACUGCAAGUAAGUCUAUUUUUUGAGUUUUACAGUUUUUAGAACCUACAACGUCGUAUGA